AUGAUUGGUAAACGAAUUAUGAAACGGGCUUGCGAUUUACGGGACGAAUUUGCGACCUUUUACACAUCAUUGGAACUGGAACAGCGUGAAGAACUGGAAGAAAGCGCGAAACUCCUUCUCAAAAGGUCAACACAUUCGUCCACGAAUAUAUCGAUUUGUCGACGAGCUUCGGCCAGCGUUUUGUCGAACUGCGUUCGCAUGGCUUUCGACCGGAUUAUUUUGCAAUUUUGGCCGAUGCCACCAUCAAGGAAUGCACACAUUUGGAUUCGGCUGUACAUAAAAGUCGACACGCAUCCACACAACGCUUCUCCAGUUAAUCACCAAAUUUAA